AUGCCAAAGCUCCUCAUCGGACCAUCAGCCAUCUCAGCGCCCCCCAGAGUUUCCACAGCCAGUCUUCUGCGGCGCUAUUCAUCCUCGACAAUCCCUGCAGCUCCGUCUCCUUUGCAGCGGGCGCAAAGCCAGGACACGACCCCGCCAUAUCCGUCGAUAUCGCAGCGUUCCGUAGCCCGUCUGCGGCGUGAGCAAGCGCCUAGGUCGGAGCUAUGGUUUACCUCCUCACGACCGGCGUUAAUAUCCCGCAGCGAUGCGAGAGCUUUGAAUGGACGAGAUGAACGUGUUGAAGGCCACAAGCCGGUUGAUGAGAGGAUACUUAAGCUGGGGAAGACUCUUCGAAUACUCACUACUCACCUCCCUACUUUACUUGUUAACCCGGUUCCGCAGGAAAUUCUUUCUCCGAAUAUCACGCUCCACCUCUUCCCGUCCACGCAUCCCCAUCUGCCCACCGUCAAGGGCAGAGUGGCGUAUAGAGCGGCGCUCUGGACAGCUCCGGUGGCAUGGGGAAGUGUUCCGAUUGUUGGGAACGUGCGACUACAGAUAAUGAGCGAGCGCAUGGUUCGCGGCGGCGUCAUGAGUGAUUUCAACAGUGAAGACUCCAACGGGGAUGAGAAGCUGGUUGUGCGCUGGGUAACUGAAGGCGGCACGCCAAACCCCUCAUCCGGGUCGGGUAAGAGAGUUGGGACAGGGGACUAUGCAUCGAGCGGGUCUAGCGGCGGGAUCAAAGGAGCAGGCAACAGUGCAGCGUCAGCAUCCUCCGCGUCGAAUGGAACGAAUAGGGGCUUAAGCGCAUUGCUUGGUGGCGACGCGCCAAUAUUCAAGCUAGGAAAGGAAGAGCAGUUUACGGGGUUGUUUAUAUUCUCGUUUGACGAAGAAGGCCGGGUUUCCUCGCAUACUAUUGAGCAUGCGGAUGAGAAUUCCGGAUGGGAUCGAACUGCCAAAGUGGUUACCCUGACGGACUGGCUGCUUGGGAAAGCGAGAUGGGGCUCAAGAGAGCCGUCGAAUCCUGCGCCAGCGCUUGCGGUGGGAUCUCGAGCGGUGAGUGCGCAUUGUGUGAGGACAAGAGAUGCUGGUCGACCUGAAGCUGUCCCCUAA